AUGCUGGGGGAUACAUACUUAACCGUGCAUCAAUGGUAUAAGGGUUUUACCCCGUGGAAAUCACAUACCAUUGUUUGGGUUCAACUGCUAGAACUCCCAGUGGAAUUCUUCAACCCGGAAGCAGUAAGAAGGAUAGCGGAGAAGAUUGGUCGCCCGAUAAGAGUUGAUAAACCAACUGAGCUUGGAGCUCGGGUUAAAUAUGCUAGGGUAUGUGUGGAAGUUGACCUAACUAGACCUUUAUUAUCACAGUUCAAGAUCGAAGGCAUCACGUAUCUAAUCCAGUACGAAGGCAUGUACAAAAUAUGUUCUGAGUGUGGCAUUUAUGGGGCCACAACGGCUGAAUGUCGAUGUCAAUUGUCAAGAGAAACAAGCGCAACCACCAAUGCAGGAAGAGUAGGAAGUUAUGGAGGUGGUCCCAGAAACACAACAGGAGGUUCUAACGGAGGGGAGAAUGUAUGGCGAUUGGAUGACUGUGAAGCGUAA